AUGGCUAUCUGGGGAGGAGUUGGGUUCAAGACACCUUUUGUGUUUGUAAAAUCUCUUAUACGAUGGAGUUGUUGUCAUAUUCUACGGGAUAUUCUCAGCUGUUUCUUUAAUUGCAGGCAUGUACGCAACAAUAAAGGUGCAGUACAAGUGGAAGAAGGGAGUAGAUGGAGAGGGAUGACCUUGCGUGACCCAGCUCAUCUAGAUGUCCAUGACCCUGCCCUCACUUGCCUUGCUGCCCCAACCUCCCGCACUACUGUCAAUGGCUAUCAUGGUCGGAUAGAUGAUGGUAUCAGUGGGGGCGUCAGCGAUUCUUCCUUCGUCUCGGCUCGCACACAAGGGUUAAGAGCCAUCAAGAGACGGCGUUUAGUGAGGGCCGGAGCUGGACUCUGUGCCAGUCACAGGAGAGGAGCUGGGGGUGGCCGUAUUCCAGCAGUGCAAUGCAAGUGUGUCCUACCUUUAACAUGUGUCUUAUGCACACGUCUCCAAGGUAUAGUUCCUCCAACAGCCCCUCCAGACCCAGACACGCAGCCUUGGAAUGAGAGACAUGCGCGAGUAGAUCCUACUUUCCAGCCAGUUCUCUCUCAGCCUGCUGAUGUGUCAUUAUCAGAACGUUUUGAUGCCAUACUGAAAACAACCGAUUGGCAGAGACAGGUUCUGACAGCCAAGACCCUCCAACCGCUACCUGUUACCAGAACAAACCGGGAAACCUUGCACGUGAUGUUAAUCAGAUGGUUGCUGAUAAUGACUAAUGAAAAUAAUUUUGCCCUUUCAGAAUUAAAGAAAUCUUUACUAACAGGGGAGGUGGUAAGAGACGCAGACUACAAAAGAAAACGGAUUUCUGCGCAGGAAGCUUUAUUAGCAAUCAAAAGAGUUCGUGUUGAAGAAGAUGACGAUGCUAGCUCUGUGUAUGGGAGCAGCCAUCACUCCUCUCCCUCGGCAAGUCCUGCGCCCAUUGACCGGUCAGCUCAUAAAAGACACUCGUCAACUUCUAGCCAAAAAAUGAAACAGAGUACGAGUUCCAAUUCUUACGACAUAGAUAACAUUGUAAUUCCAUAUAGUAUGGCAGCCUCAACUCGCGUUGAAAAGUUGGAGUAUAAGGAGAUUCCAACUCCUAAAUGGAGGAUAGUUCCCCUUAUACCAAAUAAUGUUCACAGCGGUACUAGUCAAGAAGAUGAGUUUGAGGAAGAUGUCAGUGAAGAAGCGACCCUUGCCAGACACAGCCGCAGUGAAGAAUUGGAGCGCAAGAAGUUCCUCCAACAUCUCCAUAUGCAAGUUACCUCCAGGUCCUCGAGGUCACGACGGACGGACUCCUCAGGAACUAAUACACCAGACCAUCCGUUGUCUCCAAGGCCACCUGAUCCAGCAAGUGACACCAUAUCACCCUUAGCCACUACUCCACCACACCCUCUAGCUACUUUCGUAGACUCAAUCAAUGCUUCAUCCCUAUCAGCCAGUCCAGCAGUUCCAGUCUCUAGUGCUUCAGCUUUCCCAACAUCAAGUUUAUCCAUCACUUCUCCCAUGUCUACAUUAUCCAAUAGUACCACACAACUCUCUGGGUAUUCUGGCAAUUCGCAAUCCCAGUCUGGCCAGCUUCUUGUCCACAACUCCCAGCUAGGAGGAUGUAUAUACAACACUUUAACUUCAUCUACAUCCCAAGCCACAACCACCUCACUAAGCACUGCGCCACUCACCACUUCCACGUCAUCUUCCACGCCAUCUUCACAUCUGCCUGGUAGCCGUCGUAACCGCACCUUCAGCAGUGGAAGCAGAUCUCGGGGAUUCCUUGGCUUGGAUGACAGUUUAACAGAAAGAAUGGAGGGUGUAGUUCCAUAUGAACAACGUGUCUUCCCAUUGAACAAUGCAGAAUAUAUGAUUAUGGUUAGGGAGACAGACGACUGUGAUAUUGGCCCCCCCAGCCCUCCGUUAGACUCCUCCAGUCAUGAACCCAUCAAUAUGGAAGAGAGUGGGCGUAGCUCUCCAAUGAGUGAAGUUACUGAUUCAGCACCAGAGGAUGAUGGUCAGUUUGAUGAUACUGCUGAACCUAAAUGGACCAUCUCUGGGUUGAAGGAUGCUACUGGGCAAUGUGUGCUGCAGAUUCAUCGCAACUGAUGGUGGCAUAACUUGGAAAUUCCAACUUCAAGAACUUAAAAGGCAUAAAAAAUGCAUGGGCAAAGCAGAGCUAGAAAUAAGUCCAAAACCAAAGAAAAGGACAAGCAAAGUUUGUUGUUUAGAACUUAUGUAUUCUACUUACAAUAAUGCACAUGAAGUGUACAGAAAUAUGAAAUACUGAAUCUUCAUAAAGGAUUGUAUAGAAGAAUGUUCAUAAAUGCAUUUAAUAUUGUCAUAAGGAACUGCUAAAUUAAACAUGAAAAAUAUAUUAGGAUUGAGAUAUCAUUAGCAAGGUAAGGGGUAUGAAGAAUCACAAGGUUGUUUGCACGUGAGUUAUGAGGAUUCAGCAAGGCUCAGCAAUCUGUGAUUGUUCUUCACGUAUAAUUUUAAUGAGCAAGUGCGUGUGCAAGGUUAGUUCUAGAUAGGUUAGUCAAGACGAUUAAUGGAUGUAGUGUAGGUUGCUUGAAUGAGCAGUUGAGAUAGAUAGUUUAAGAUAUAGACCGGUGGUAGAAGCAUAGAGAGAAUGAUUGAGAAAAGUUAUUCUUUGGAAAGUGUUAUAUGCAUUCAACCUAAUUGAAAGUUUUUGUUUAAUAAGCAUCAGAAGAAAUUGUUGUUGCUUUGUAUUAGGCAUUAAAGGCUUAUGUUGUUAAAUUUAGACCUAUAUUGUGCCAUCCAAUCUGGAUUAUUUGAAUGGAAAUAAUGUUACAGGCAGUUGUUUUCUGGUUAUGAAAAGGGAAUUACUUAUGUUCUUUCUUGUACUGAAAGUGUUAUCUAUUUUAGUAUUUCAUGGGUGUAUCAUAGAACAGUUUCGAAAGUCUAGAUUUAUGGUACAUGAUUAAUUUAUUGUAUGCACUGCCAAAGAUCAUCCUUAAUUACCAUUUAUAUACCCAGUGAUUCUGAAAGUGGAAAUUUUGUGGUAAGAUGAUCAGUAUGUAUAGGAGUGGAAUAUUCAAACAUACCUGCUUGUAAGAAUCAGGUAAUUUGUCUUGUAGUAACUACGAUAAUCACAAAUUAUCCUGCUAUCAGUAAACAUUAAACCACAUUGACAAGUUUGAUGUAGAAGCUGGGAUGUUAGAACUUAGACAUCAUGAAGGCUGGUGUAUGCUUAGCUGCCCAUUCUAAUAUAUAACUGUAUAUUGAUGCUUUGUCUUAUAAAGGAGACACAAGUGUCAAAUCUUGAUCUGUAUCCUUUGCUCAUUAGUUUGCAACAUGUAAUAGAACGUCAGAAUU